AUGUCAGUCCGUCCCAGGGAAGGCGAUCUGAAUGUCCGCGCAGGCUUCAUCUUCGAGUCGGAGAGGUACAACUACAAGCUGGAGGAGCUGAUUGGCGAUGGUGGUUAUGGACAAGUGUAUGAGGCAGACGCCAUCUCAAAGGGAAAAAAGCAGGACACAAAGCGACUCGCGGUCAAGCUGGAGCGACGUUCAGGAGCAACCGACAUCGAGGCCCGCGUGCUCGAAACAGCAAAGGAUAAGAACUGCCGCCACAUUCCAAAGAUUUUUGACAAUGGGGUCAUUCAAAGUCGAGGCUGCUCAUUCAUUGCGAUGGAGCUUAAGGGACGCGACCUGUACAGACUGCGGAAGGACCGGAACAAUGGCAGUUUCACACUCGGGACAGCAGUGCGUGUUGCUCUUGUCACUCUUGAGAAUAACAACAUCAUCGCAGCCAGACAGGAUGUUGGAUGGAGAGGGACGACUCGAUAUGGCUCGCGGAGUGCUCAUCAACACCAGGACUUGGCGCGGAGGGAUGACGUCGAGAGCUGGUUCUACAUGAUCGUUGAGAUGACAAAGGGAUCACUCCCAUGGUCAGCGGAGAGAGAUCGGGCCGCAGUCUACAACGCAAAACUGGCAGCACUCAGCAACCUGGACGACUUCCUUAACGGCUGCCCUCAAGGCUACAGGGAGCUGAUUGGUCCCAUCAUCAAACUCAAAUUCGAGGAUGCACCUGCCUACAAGGAGAUGGCCAGGGUGCUUGAGAGGGUAAUUUAUGGGUCAAAUAAUCAGUUUCUUAAUUCAUUUUGCAGAUAA